AUCGUUCUCCUGAGAUCAUCGGCUCGAAAUGAAGCUGUACGUCUUACUGGCACUGCUCUCCACAGCACUCGCGGCGACAAAUUUCGAGAAGCAAUGCGGCCAGAGGGCGGUGGUCGGGUGGUGCAAGGCUGGGCUGCCGAGGUGGUGGUUCAACAAGGAGACGGGUAAAUGCGAACAGUUCUACUACAGAGGCUGUGGCGGCAACGAAAACAGAUACCUGACACAGCAGAAGUGCGAAGAGACAUGCUUGUCCGAACAACCUACCCAGAAGCCGCAGACGGAUGCUGAUGCAUACAUCGGAAUCACGAACGAAAUCGCGACUGCUGCCGUUGCCACCGUAUGCCGCAAGCCACCAUACUCUGGUCCCUGCAUGGGUUAUUUCCCUCGCUUCUACUACGACCACAAGACCAACACGUGUCGCCCCUUCGUCUACGGAGGCUGCCGCAGCAACGGCAACAACUUCGAGUCACCCAUAGACUGCAUGCGCUUCUGCGGUAGUGUGAAGCCUGAACAUCCCUUGCCCCGAUAAGCUGAGCGAAGUCGGAGGCAGUGCCUGGACACUGUCGCACUAGCGAACUCGUAGAAAAGAAUGACUGCGGAACGAUUUCUUCAUACUCACCAGGCUUUUGACAGCGAAAG